CUAGCAGCGGCUGGCCAGGACGAACAGUCUCUCGUGUGAAUUCAGUGUCGAGAUAGCUCUGGUUUCGUAAGGUCGUGGUGAUGUGAACAAGGUGCUGUAUUGGUGAUAUACAAUGUUGUGUCCUGUGAAGGUUGUGUAGCAAAAUGGCUUCACCCAGCCAGCGUGAGAGCCAGAGACUCUUUGAUUACUUUGCGAUCAUAGGACUAAGCCCCGAUGCAAGCUUGGAGCCCGACCAUUUACAAGGGGAGGUGGUGGUUCUACCCCCCUUGGAGAGGAGCUACAAAGGACGUGUCCUUGGGUACUACCCCGACCAUGCCCCAACCGCCAUGCCCUUCGACCACCACGCAGUGCAGAUGCUGUGCCUGCCUCGUGGUCUGCAGUUCCGCACCCAGAAGCACGUGUUGGAACCUCGGUUCCACCCAUUUCUGGUCACCAAAGAAGAUGGAUCUAGGGCGUAUGGCUUUGCCUACGUCUUCUUUGAGGAAGUCAAUUCCAAGCAGAUAUGUACUGCUAUGCACACACUCCAGUCUGUAUACCUGACGGAGAUGUCCAGCAGUCACGCCAAAGCCUCGUCAGGAGCGACGCCCAGCCGGGACACCAGGUCGCUGCCGCGUCAGUUCCGUCUGUCGGCGCCCAAGUCCCCGGCUGCUCUCCACUUCUACGACAUCACCAAAGAUCAGCUUUUCGUCACGAAAUGCAUCGCGCUCGUAGGCCAGCACCCCUACGUCCUCUCCGCCAGGAAGUUUCUCAAAGGUCUUUAUAGAUUUUUUAUUCAGUGUGAGAGUAGUGGUGUUAGUCUAGAGUCGCACGUGUACAACCUACUAUACGAAGUCCCAGCCCCGCCCCCCGGCCGUUGCGUAGCGUUCUCCUGCGUCGGGAGAAUGCACAUUUGCUACCGUCCUACCAGCCACGAGGUCCCCUUAUUUGAGUAUUCAUUGCGGGACUUUUUCAUGGGUCUUGGAGUGGAAAGUGUCGUUCAGCUCCUCACGUGUGUUCUCCUGGAAAAUCAGGUUAUUCUGGUGUCUAGCGAUUACGAUAAGCUUAUGCUAGUUGCGGAGAGCAUAAGCGCUUUGAUAUUUCCAUUUGUUUGGCAACAUGUGUAUGUGCCAAUCUUACCUACGUCACUUCAUCACUUCCUUGAUGCCCCAGUGCCUUUCAUUAUGGGCCUCCAGUGUGCACAAGACUCGAGAGAUACUAUACAAAUUCCAAAUGAGGCCAAUCUGUGUCUUGUGGAUGUGGAUGAAGGUACAGUAGAAGUUCCUGAAGAUCUUCCACAGUUUCCCCAUCGUUCAGAUUUCGUACAAGAGCUAACGCAGCUGCUUCAUAAGUGGGAUAUUCCAAGUAGCAAACUAGACAGAUUUAAUUUCAGAAACCUUAAUGAGCACCACUCCCAGUACAAAUACAGAAGGAGAAGGAAGUUCUCAUGGUCUCAUGAUUCUGACUCUGGGGUGUCCAGCACUGAAGGUUCAAUGUGUGGUUCCCAUUCUUCCAUUACCUCCCUCCCAUCCAGCACAGUGGCUUCCUCAACAUCUCCAUCACAUGGCAUUUCAAACAGUUGCAGAAUUCCCUACCUUGAUCCCCUCAACCUCUCUCCACAACUUAGGGAGAUUACGGCCAUUGCCAAAAAAGCAGGUGUGUAUGAAUUUGAUGAAACAGACAGAAUCAGAAAAGAGAAGGAUGGAGAUCUUCUUGAUGAGCUCAAGUUCUCUAAUGCAGUCCGUGAAGUGUUUCUUAACAGAUUUGUCCACAUGUUUUGUGCCUAUGAUCACUUUGUCAUACAGCCUAGCUGUCAGGAGACAGAUAUGGAGCAGUGGCUAAGUUGUCGGGAGUCCAUGCAGAACUUUGACAAAGCCACUUUCCUCUCUGACCAGCCAGAAGCACAUCUUCCAUUUUUAUCUCGCUUUAUUGAGUCACAAAUGUUCACAACUCUUGUUGACAAUAAGAUUCUUUCCAAUUGGGGAAAGCACGAUACGAAUCUCCGGAUCUUUGAUUUACGCAUUAGAUUACUCAGGGAACGAUAUGAUGAUAGUUUAGUUCGUACACCUUCGUAUGAGCCUUGCACUACCAUAAGAGAAACUGAGCAAAUCCUAGAGAAAAGAUUAUCGCAUAUUGAUUAUCGAGCUCCUGCUCCACAGCCAAUGGAUCCACAGGCAGAAUCCUGCACUCAGUUUAAUCCUGGCCAUUUUCCUUUACUGGAUAGAAUAGCACUUAAUAAAGAACCUCAUAACAAAAAACGAAGUAGUCAUGCAUGGAGGCGGAGAGAAAGACAAGAACGACACUUGGAGCAUACAGGUUUGACAAGUGAUCAACGAGAUAGGGUUAUGCAUGAUGUCAAAGCAAAACUACAGCCAAAGUUAGCAGAUAUGUCACCUGCACACAUGGCACAAACUAACUGGAAGUUUGUGGAACAGCUUUUGAGAGAGUGUAAAACUAGAACCAAACGAAUGUUAGUAGAGAAAAUGGGAUCUGAAGCAGUGGAGCUUGGUCAUGGAGAAGGAAGUUUAGUGGGAGUAGAGGAAAAUACACUAAUAGCAUCUUUAUGUGAUCUUCUUGAGCGUGUGUGGGCUCAUGGACUUCAAAGUAAACAGGGUAAAUCUGCCUUGUGGUCUCAUCUGCUCAACUACCAAGAGUUGGAAGAGUGCAGUGACUCAUCCAAACCUAUAAAUCCUAACUUUUUAUCUCCAGUUCCUCACAACACCGCACCAAAGAUUAGCAGUUUAUCACCUUUGUCGGAGAUGCUCAUGUCCUUAAAAAUGGGUAACAUUAGUGGCCUUGGGUCUCUGGCCUCUCAGUUAGCAAAUAAUUUUGAUCUCUCUACUAUGGCAUUAGAAACAGAAAGUGCACCAGCCUCUCCUACCAAGUCUCCUAGCAAUACCAAUAGUCUCCGUAAAAAGUCCCUUCAGGAGCGCUGGCCUAGUGACCGUAGCAUUGAAAAACGAUCAAAACAGUCUGAAUCUGGCGUCCCUUCAUUACGUCCACUUCCUAUAUCAGUUACUUUUGAUAUGCGUAAUGUUCUUGCAAUGACUGAGAUAAAGACUCAUAUUGGGUAUGCAAGGGCAUGGGUGAGGUUAUCCUUAGAGAAGAAGGUUUUAUCCAAACAUUUGACUUCACUCCUCAGUGAUUCUGAACUCUUACGUAAUCUAUACAAACGUUAUGCUUUCCUUAGAUGUGAUGAUGAAAAAGAGCAGUUCCUCUCUUAUUUAUUGUCUCUGAAUGCAGUUGAUUACUUCUGUUAUACCAACACUUAUACUUCAACAAUAGUGCCAUACAGAGUUGUGAUAUUCCCAUCGCGAAAAUCAAGUGGGGCUUCCACAUCAGCUAAUGCCUGGGUCAGCCUCGGUGGUACUAUAGGUCAGACAAAUAAUAUUCCAGUACCAAGAGGACAAGUAGAACUAGUCUUUCAGCACAAAAAUUUGGGGUUGCUCACAACGUUACGUAUUGGACAUGACAACACUGGCAUGUCUCCUAAAUGGAUGGUAGAACAUGUCUUAGUUAGGAAUGAGGUUACAGGACAUACUUGGAAAUUCCCGUGUGGUAGGUGGUUGGGACGUGGAAUUGAUGAUGGAUCACUGGAACGCAUUCUGGUUGGCGAAUUGGUUCCUUGUCAUGUAACCUCAGAUGAUUUAGUAGAAUCCUGCCGAACUCCACCUCGUUGUAGGUCACCCAAUGUCCCAGGCCCUAGACGUUCAGAUUUACGUUUGAGCAUCCCGGACAUUCAGCAGCACCUUGGAGAUUCAGUAAAUAAUUUGGUAAAGUAUUUUUAUAAGCCAGAGAAAGAAAGAGGAAGUUUAACUUUAUUGCUGUGUGGAGACUUUGGUUUGGUUUGCUGUUUGGAGCAAGUGUUCUCGUACGGUUUCAAAUCUACACGCUUUUUUGGAAAAAAUCUGUACUUGUGGGACUAUUUUGAGAGAAUGCAUCAAAAUUUUGAAGUGGUACUCCGAGAAGAGAUGGAAAGAGAGCAGCUCACUGGAAUUGGCAAAGAUAGUCAACAUUAUACCCUUACUAGCAUGGCUGAAUUCGUGUCCUUAGUGAGUCGUAUCAACGCUUCUUCUUCCCAGCUUGGUAAAGAUGACAAGUUCCAGCUGUUCGUCUGUCUUGCAGCAAGAGCUCACCUGCUGCAUCGUAUCAUGCUACCACUCCAUCGCUCCCCAGUUACUUCUCAUAUGUAUGAAGAACAUGCUUAUCUCCGUGAUCCUCAGCUAGUGAAGGAUCUUAUCAAUGUCCUGUCAGCUCUUAAUGAAUUUGACAUUGUUCUGGAAAGUUCACUCACGCGAGGAAUCGAUUAAUGGUUUUGUAGUGGUAUAUAUGUAGAGGGUUUAAUGGCUGUUUAUAUUUGGGUCUACUUUUGAGGACCUUAAUACAGUACUUUGCUUAUCGUUAUUGCCAUCUCAGUAUGGUGAGAAUGUUAUGUAUCAAAGUGUGUAAAAAUUGUACAUCUAAAAUUACCAAACAAUUUUAUGUAUCUUUUCAAGUCACCAUGACUUACUACCAUGUCAAAGACAUUUGUCUUUCAGUAGUGUACAUAGUAUUGUUUGUUUUUAUAUUUUUUUUUAUUCCUAUCAUUAAAUGUGGUCUUUGUUAAGUUUAAUUAUGAACAUUAUAUGUUCACAUACAGUUUGAUAUUAUUAGGUGUAAGAAAUGCUCAAAAAAUAAUUUUAUCUAUUUUAUUAUUUAGCUGUAUUUAUGUGUAUUCAAUAAAUCAGUAACCUUUCUCAUGACCGAUAUCAUUGCAGAAAUCACAACUUUUAAUGAAUGGAGUUUGACUACAGUGAUGCUUGUGAACUCAGUUGGAUGUAAUGUGGGUAAAUUUUCAAUUAAGGGACCAUAGGAAUUUAAAUCUUGUAACAAGUCAUAUAUGUAGUUUUUAAGUUUCUCUAGUUUCUAGAUUUUUUGCAUUUAUGGUAAUAUCAAGCAGGUAAAUUAUUAAGUUUCCAGUGUUUUCUCUUGUUGAAAGGGCUCAUCGAUUUUACUUGAACAAGUCUGGAACUGGAACUGUGCUGUAAUUCAACUUAUUCUUGUAUUUGAAUUAUAUUUGUAUUACCAUGCAGGGAAUUUAUAUAAGGAAAACCAAUACUCAUAUUUUGACAAUUUAUAAACUUUAAAUUUUAUAUAUUUCAUGUUCAACAGUAGUACUGUACAAUGUUAUCAUGGUAGCAGAGUUUUUUUGCCAGAAUGUUCCUAAUACUGUAUGUACCUUUCUCUAGAAUGUAUUUUCCUUUCACACAAAUCUUUUAUUGGUGGUACCAUAUGUACUAUAGUUUUGAUUUUUGAAUUGAAAAAUUUUACUGAAAUUUAUAGCUAUCCUUUCUUUGAGAAUGCUCAUGUGUUUGUAAAGCUUUGUUUAGUUUGGUUGUGAAGUACAGUAGCAAAGUUCUCUUGUGAGCAAACUAACAAAUAUUUUUACUCAGUUUUAUUCCAAGCUUAUUCUCAUUGGUGGCUAGUUAUAUAUUGUACUGUAUGUACUUCAGUUGGUAAUCUAUGCUUCUGUGAAUUCUGAUUGAUCUUGGAGAUAAAAUGUGUGUAUACUGUAAUUGGUGUGAGUGAUGAUCUAUUGUGGAUGAGUUAGUUUGAGUUGCAUGCUUUUUAUAUCCUAUAAACAUUGCAUUACUGCAUUUAGAAGAUUUUCAUAGAAAGGAUCUGUGUUCUGCUGAACACUGUAUAUUGCUAAAAUUACCAACAAGUGUAUACUGUUAUACAGUAAAAUUUCCAGGUUGCUUUUGCUAGAAAAGUGAGGUGAUUGUAAAAAGCAGAGAAAAGUGGUUCACUUGCUUUUUAUUUAGUCCAGUUAGUUUUAAUAUAUGGUCUUAAAAUGCAUACAUACACACUGCAAAUUAAGAUCCUUUUAGUAAAAUAUAUAAAGUUUUAGGUCUCAUAUUUUUUUAUGAAUUAUUUCUUAGAAUUAUAUAUUGUACUAUGAUUUGUGUACAUUAUUGCAAACAUUUUAAUCCAAUAGAAUGACAGUAAAGAAUCUGGAGUUGGUUUGUUGGAAUCUGAGUGCUGUUUUUACCAUAAAUGAGUUUUGAGAACCACUUACUUUUUAAAGUAACUGAAAUUUUAUACUUUUUCUUCAUAAAAUUCUCAACUAAAAAGGUAUUUUAACUGGUACUGUAUCAUGAUUAUUAUAUUUUAACUUUGUCAUGUAUUUUUUACAGAGAGCAAAUAUAAUUUAUAUAUUAAAUGUAAUAGUCAGUUCAUCAACAGAGACCCAUGUGUAUACCUAGAUUUUCCUUGCCUAAUAAUUAGAAUAAUUAGUUAGAGCUUUAGACCACAGAGUAACAUUGUGAAACUAGUACUGAGCCCACCUAAAAGAUUUGAUCUUAUAUAAGAAAGGAAAAUUGAAGCAAGGCAAAGUCCAAGAAGGUGAAUAGCUGAGUAGGAAGGGACCAAAGGAAACAGGUGAAAAAUGAAAUGCCAAAACCAAUGCAGUCAGGACCGAAGGGAUGCUGCAAAAGCAUCCUAGUACUAUCUACUGUGUGCAGCACAAGGCAUACAGUGUUUUGCCAGUUGAGAAUUUUUCUGACUGAAAGCAUUUUGUCUUGGCUUUACUUUCUCACCAUUAAGAUUUCAUUUCAGAUUCUUUGGAUUUGUGCUUGGUCUUCAAAUACUUGGUAUUUUAUUUUUCUGUCAUAUAAAACUCUUGAACUGAGGAGUUUUGUGCUGAAUAUGAUAUUUUGUUGUAUUUAGUCGUUUCACACUUCCUUCAGCCUCAAAAAUAUUAAUUUAUCUUUUUUUCCUCUUUCAAGGUGCAAGAAAGAAUUAAGUUUGAGGAUUAGCAAUUCUGUGCCAACCAGGUAAUUCAUCUUUAAUUGGGCAUUAGGUUUCUUCUUUAGCAAAGCGCAUCAUAACCACGAAGUGCAUUUUGAAAUUAAAACAAAAAUUCUAUUUCACUAGUUUUUGUUUUUUGUGAAUGGAAUAAAAAAAUAAUGGAACUGACAAUUAAGGUCACUGAAGUUCUAGAUGCUGGAUAUGUAGCAUUCUCAAAACCCUUAAGCAUAACUUGCAUUUCAUUGGUUUUUACUUUUCUUACAAACUUUAUUGAAUGUUUUCAGUUUAUUUCUCAUUUUAUUUCCUUAAUGGUUGAAGAUAAAUUUCAUAGGAAUAAAGAGGUAAAACUUCCUUCUCAUUUUACUGCUGCUAUUUGUAAUUUUUUAAGUACUACAUUGUUUUGAAACCAACUUGUAUAUACAACUUUUGAGAAAGCAGUAAGUACAGAUGCAGAGUAGAAAAAUUAAAUGUUUUCCUUUUACUCUUUUUAAAUUAUUUCUGAAUGUACUUUUAUGCUAAUAAUUUAUAUUUUGUUAAAUUACUAAAUUGCUUUUAUAAUAAAAAUAGAUGUGGAUGAUAUAGUCACUGUAUGCUAUGGCAGUCAUACUUCUUCACAAACUCUUGGAGGUUUUAUUUCAAGAGUUUUGUAUACCAAAGUGCUUUUCGUGUGAUAUUAUUUUCAUUGUUUGUGUUUUGUCUGGUUCAAAUUUCUGAAAACUGUUUCUCCAUGGUUGCUUAUUCAUAUUUACUCCCUUUGCUGUAAUUAUGUGUACGUGCUAUGUGUGUCUGUAAAGAUGCAUGUUAGUUUUGAUAUAAUGAACUGUGCUACAUUUUGAUGUAAACAACUUGUUAACCUGUAAAAGUUGUGACAAGUGUGUGUUUUGAGAUGAGCAAUUAUGAUUUAAUGACUUCAUGCACCAUUCAAAAUUUGUGCUGUAGUCAUUUUAAAAGAAGUAUGUUUGGAAUUGAGCUGCAGGAUAGGAUGUCAGCAAAGAAUUUGGAGAUUAUAAUUGCUGAUCAUUUCAGGUACCUAAUAGUCAGGGUGUAUUCAUUGUACAUAUUUCAUAGAUUGAUAGAACUGGUGUGCCAUAUCGACAAGCAAAGAUUUCUUUAGAUUCCUUGAGCUGUGAUACUAGGCAUGUUCAUGAUCACAAUUGAAGAAUACUCUAUAAGAAUAGGUGAGAAACUAUGCAUAUGCUCAUGCUAAUCUAUAUUUAUGAACAUGAAUAAAUGCCCCUGAGCACCAUUCUUUGACAUGCUGCCAUGUAAGUAAAUAGAAGCUUAUUUUCAGGAUAUGUGUAAUGGACCUUAAAAUACACUUAGAUUAUGCUCCAGCUCCAGAGACUAGCUGUUCAUUGUUUGCUGUACAUUUGUGCCAAUAAUAGAAAUAAUUGUGAAUGAGGAAGGAGAUUGUAGGCAAGAAGUUAAAGGAUUAAGAUUGUAUAUGAAUAAUUUAUAGUACUGCUAUGGAGCUAAUGUCAUUCAGAAUAGUGUUUUGAAGCUGGUGCUCAGGGAUGUUAUUUGUCUAAAAUUGAGCGCAAAAGAUAUAAUUUACUCAGAGUUAUUGCUCCUAUAAGUAUACAUACUGAACAUAUUGCAUUUCUCAUUGGGUGCCGAGAUGAAAAACAUUAUAUAAGUGUACUGUAGAUGUAAAUGGAAUUUUGUCAGUUUAUAUAAUUUGAAUGUAAAAGCAAUAUAUUAAUUUUGUACUUGUAUGAGCUGUUACACUUGUUAAAAGUGAGUUAAUAUACUGAAAGACCGCUGUGCUGUCACAAGAACCUCUUUAAAACUUCUUUUUCAAAGAGCCAAGAACAAAUGCUCAUCUGUCAAAGAUAUGGCAGUAUUUGUACUGUACUGUAUAUAUGUACUGCAUGAAUUGAAAGUAAUAUUAAAAAUAAAGCCUUGAAGAAUCA